AUGGUGAACUUCACGAUCGACGAGAUCCGUCAGCUGAUGGACAAGCCGACCAAUGUGCGGAACAUGUCCGUCAUUGCCCACGUCGACCACGGCAAGUCUACCCUGACCGACUCUCUGCUGGCCAAGGCUGGUAUCAUUUCCACCGCAAAGGCCGGUGACGCUCGCGCCACCGACACUCGUGCAGACGAACAGGAGCGCGGUAUCACCAUCAAGUCGACCGCCAUCUCCCUGUACGGCACGCUCGGUGAUGAUGACGAUGUCAAGGACAUUGUUGGCCAAAAGACCGACGGCAAGGACUUCCUGAUCAACCUCAUUGACUCGCCCGGUCACGUUGAUUUCUCGUCUGAAGUCACUGCUGCCCUCCGCGUCACGGAUGGUGCCCUUGUUGUCGUCGACACCGUCGAGGGUGUCUGCGUGCAGACCGAGACUGUCCUGCGCCAGGCCCUUGGUGAGCGGAUCCGCCCCGUCAUCAUCAUCAACAAGGUCGACCGCGCGCUGCUCGAGCUGCAGGUGUCCAAGGAGGAUCUGUACCAGUCCUUCUCGCGUACCAUUGAGUCCGUCAACGUCAUCAUCUCGACCUACCUCGACGAAGCUCUUGGUGACGUUCAGGUCUACCCCGACCGCGGUACCGUUGCCUUCGGCUCCGGUCUGCACGGCUGGGCCUUCACCAUCCGCCAGUUCGCCGUCCGUUACGCCAAGAAGUUCGGUGUUGACCGCAACAAGAUGAUGGAGCGUCUGUGGGGCGACAACUACUUCAACCCCGCCACCAAGAAGUGGACCAAGAACGGCACCUACGAGGGUAAGCAGCUGGAGCGUGCCUUCAACCAGUUCAUCCUGGACCCCAUCUUCAAGAUCUUCUCGGCCGUCAUGAACUUCCGCAAGGAGGAGGUCGCCAACCUCCUGGAGAAGCUGUCCCUGAAGCUCCCGGUCGAAGACCGCGAGAAGGAGGGCAAGCAGCUGCUCAAGGCUGUCAUGCGCACCUUCCUGCCCGCUGCCGACUCCCUGCUGGAGAUGAUGAUCCUGCACCUGCCCUCGCCCGUCACUGCCCAGCGCUACCGUGUCGAGACCCUGUACGAGGGUCCUAUGGACGACGAGGCUGCCAUUGGUAUCCGCGACUGUGACCCCAAGGCUCCUCUGAUGCUGUACGUGUCCAAGAUGGUGCCCACCUCCGACAAGGGCCGCUUCUACGCCUUUGGUCGUGUCUUCUCGGGUACCGUCCGCUCGGGUCUGCGUGUCCGCAUCCAGGGCCCCAACUACGUGCCCGGCAAGAAGGAGGACCUGACCAUUAAGGCCAUUCAGCGUACCGUGUUGAUGAUGGGCGGCAAGGUCGAGCCUAUUGACGACAUGCCCGCGGGUAACAUUGUCGGUCUGGUCGGCAUCGACCAGUUCCUGCUGAAGUCGGGUACCCUGUCGACCAGCGAGACCUCGCACAACCUGAAGGUCAUGAAGUUCUCCGUCUCGCCCGUCGUGCAGCGCUCCGUCCAGGUCAAGAACGCCCAGGACCUGCCCAAGCUUGUUGAGGGUCUGAAGCGUCUGUCCAAGUCCGACCCCUGCGUCCUGACCCUGACCAACGAGUCUGGUGAGCACGUCGUUGCCGGUGCCGGUGAGCUGCAUCUCGAGAUUUGCCUGAAGGAUCUCGAGGAGGACCACGCCGGCGUUCCCCUGAUCAUCUCGGACCCUGUCGUCCAGUUCCGUGAGACGGUCACUGGCAAGUCCAGCAUGACUGCCCUGUCCAAGUCGCCCAACAAGCACAACCGUCUGUACAUGGAGGCCGAGCCCAUUGACGAGGAGCUCGCGAAUGAGAUCGAGGCUGGCAAGAUCGGCCCCCGUGACGAUUUCAAGGCCCGCGGCCGUGUUCUGGCGGACAACUACGGCUGGGAUGUCACCGACGCCCGCAAGAUCUGGGCUUUCGGUCCCGACACCAUCGGUGCCAACCUGCUGGUCGACCAGACCAAGGCCGUCCAGUACCUGCAGGAGAUCAAGGACUCCGUUGUCUCCGGUUUCCAGUGGGCCACCCGUGAAGGUCCCAUCGGUGAGGAGCCGAUGCGCCAGAUCCGCUUCAACAUCAUGGAUGUCACCCUGCACGCGGAUGCCAUUCACCGUGGCGGUGGCCAGAUUAUCUCCACGGCCCGCCGUGUGCUGUUCGCCUCGCUGCUGCUGGCCGAGCCGGCUCUUCUGGAGCCCGUCUUCCUGGUCGAGAUCCAGGUGCCCGAGCAGGCCAUGGGUGGCGUGUACGGUGUCCUGACCCGCCGCAGAGGUCACGUCUUCAACGAGGAGCAGCGCCCCGGCACGCCCCUCUUCACGAUCAAGGCCUACAUGCCCGUCAUGGAGUCCUUCGGCUUCAACGGCGAUCUGCGCCAGGCCACCGGUGGCCAGGCUUUCCCCCAGUCCGUCUUCGACCACUACCAGAUCCUGCCUGGUGGCUCGCCGCUCGACCCCACCAGCAAGGUCGGCCAGAUCGUCCUCGACAUGCGCAAGCGCAAGAACCUCAAGGUCGAGCUCCCGACUUACGACAUGUACUACGACAAGCUGUAA